AUGGCACGUACUCUUCGAUCCAACAAGCGCAAGCUAGAUGACAAUAACGGUGCUACUACUACAACAGCAGCAGCCAUCCCAUCAGAGAACGGAUUUGUUUCCUCUCCACCCACAAAAAAGUUUAAAGAUCUACCACCACCAACAAGACGUUCCACACGAUCACGUCCAACGACACCUAUCCGUGACAUUAAGAAAAAGGAAGAGGAAAAAGAGACUUCUGCAGCCCAACCAGCACCCCCCGCAGAUGCAAAUGCAGCAACACCCCACCACCAACAACAAGAGAAAAACAACACGGUGGACAUUUGGAUUGGUGCUUCAACAAACCUUGUAGGCUUGUAUUAUGGUACCGUGAAUGACAAGCGUAACUGGACAGCUGUACCACAAUUGGAAAAGUACAAUAGUAGCAGCGUGGAGGAUGCGUAUUAUUGGGCGGCCCUCCAAGCUAUUGAACGAUGCCAAAACGAAUCCACUCGUGUAGUUAUCUACACUGAUUGUGAUGCCUUGUGCGAUAUACCUGACAAAGUCGAUAGCAAUGAUCUUUGCAAGGAGCUUCAUUCCAAAAUCAAUCAAAGCGAUGGCUUAAUUCAUAUUCAACAUGCAGCGUCGGAUACAAGCAGCGAAUUACGCAAAGCUCAUGAACUUGUUAAAGCCCCCAUGGACAUAGAGGAGGUGGUGGAGGGUAGUAACAAAGAACCACCAUCAGCAAAGGAGCAAGAUCAAGAUGUGGAGAAUCAAGUCCGCAAGCUUGACGUUCAUGCCGCUGCUGUUGAAAAGGAUCAAGAUGAGCCUAUGAGAUCAGAGCAUCCUACUCCUCAAGAGGACCAGGUUACAGAAACAUCACAAGCAGCACCAGCUAAAUCGACAUCCUCUUGGCGACCCGCUUUUAACUUGGCCAAUAUCAUUGAGAUUUUGCGAGCCCCUUUUGUCCGAAACAAUAACCAGCAGCAGCAGUAG